GCAUCUAACCAGGAUGACAGGCAAGAUGAGAACGGUACGGUGCGCCCUGAGGACGAGCUUGCUUUGCUGCCAUACAUGCCUCCACUUUUCGGCUGCGAACUUCCCCCGUGUGGUCUUAUGCCCCAAAUCGCAUACCAAAACGUUGUCCAGCGCCUCCGCAAGUGGUGGCUUCUGCGCGCAAAAGAAACCCCCACCGAGAUUUCCCUCACGUACAUCUGCGAGAAAGUUUUCGACGACCUUCUAGACGAAUCUGAGAAGUUGCCAUUCGGAAAAGCAAACAAUACCACGAGACGCACGCCCUGGCGACGCGAACAAGUCUUCAAGUUCGAGCCUUGUUGGGCGCACUACUUUGUUCUUGAGGCGAGGCAGAUGAAUGAAAGGAGCAGCACGACAGCAAUAAAGCAGGAGACCAGGGAUGCGCAUCCAGAAGCAGAAUAUGGCAUACCGAUGACGCUGGGUAUUCAUGUUAAGAACCCUGCGAAUAGGGAGCAUGUAUGCCAUUUGUGGAGGGAGUGGCACAAAAAGAAGAGGCGCCCUAUACCGACACUGAAUCUACAAGGAAGCGCUGCGGCAGUAGAAGAAGUAACGGGUAAUAUGCAGGAAGAUUUGAAGGGAAAUGGAGAGACAGAAAAUGACUGUAUUAUGUAG